GAAGUGCGCACGCGCGGGAGUUUCUGGCAGAAAGCAGACGAGCCCGGGCCGGCGCGGGGCCUUGUGGGAGGGCUUAAGGAAGUAAAAUGGCGGACCUGGCGAACGAAGAAAAACCUGCCAUUGCUCCGCCCGUCUUUGUGUUUCAGAAGGAUAAAGGACAAAAGUCCUCUGCAGAGCAAAAAGACUUGUCGGAUUCGGGAGAGGAGCCUCGGGGGGAGGCUGAGGCCCCCCGCCAUGGCACGGGUCACCCCGAGUCAGCUGGUGAGCAUGCCCUAGAGCCUCCUGCCCCCGCUAGCGCUUCCGCCAGCACUCCUGAAGCCCAGCUUCUUCCUUUCCCGCGAGAACUGGCAGGGAGGCCAGCCGGAGGCUCCAGCCCCGAAGGUGGAGAAGAUUCCGACCGAGAAGAUGGAAAUUACUGCCCUCCCGUCAAGCGAGAAAGAACGUCCUCUUUAACCCAGUUCCCGCCCUCGCAGUCAGUAUCAAAAAACAAUGUUUUUAUGCCAUCAACCUUCUGCGAGCCGUCUGCAGGCAAUUCUGACUCAGAACCAGAGGAAAAGAGCAGUGGAUUCCGGUUGAAGCCACCAACAUUGAUCCACGGCCAGGCACCCAGCGCAGGUCUGCCGAGUCAGAAGCCCAAGGAGCAACAGCGGAGUGUGCUUCGCCCGGCAGUGUUACAAGCCCCACAGCCAAAGGCACUCUCACAGACCGUCCCGAGCAGCGGCACCAACGGAGUCAGUAUCCCAGCAGACUGCACUGGGGCCAUGACAGCGACAUCGCCCGACAACCCCGCACGGAGAAGUCCCUCCGACGAGGCACGAGCACUUGAGGAGAAAGAGCCCCAGAAAAAUGAGUCUAGCGAUACUUGUGAGGAGGAAAACUGUGAGAAAAAAGAGCAAGUUGCACAGCAGGCGUUUGUGUUCGGGCAGAACCUGAGGGACAGAGUCAAGCUAACACACGAGAACACUGACGUAGCCGACAUGGAGAAUGCCGGCCACCCCAGUUCAGAAACGCCAGCUGCGACCAACUAUUUCCUUCAGUAUAUCAGUUCCAGUUUAGACAACUCGACCAAUAGUGCCGACACCGCCAGCAACAAAUUCGUGUUUGGCCAGAACAUGAGCGAGCGCGUGCUGAGCCCGCCCAAACUAAAUGAAGUCAGUUCAGAUGCCGCCAGGGAAAAUGCGGCUGCUGAGUCCGGGUCUGAGUCCUCAUCCCAGGAGGCCACCCCCGAGAAAGCUAAUAACAUUUCAGAGUCCCUGGCCGAGUCUGCAGCCGCCUACACCAAGGCAACAGCACGGAAGUGUUUGCUGGAAAAAGUGGAAGUCAUCACCGGGGAGGAGGCGGAGAGCAACGUGUUACAGAUCCAGUGUAAGCUGUUCGUCUUUGACAAGACCUCGCAGUCGUGGGUGGAGAGAGGCCGGGGGCUGCUCAGGCUCAAUGACAUGGCAUCGGCCGACGACGGGACCCUCCAGUCCCGACUAGUGAUGCGGACCCAGGGCAGCUUGCGGCUGAUCCUCAACACCAAGCUCUGGGCCCAGAUGCAGAUUGACAAGGCCAGUGAAAAGAGCAUUCGCAUCACAGCCAUGGACACUGAGGACCAGGGCGUGAAGGUUUUCCUGAUCUCCGCCAGUUCCAAGGACACGGGCCAGCUGUAUGCAGCCCUGCACCACCGCAUCCUGGCCCUGCGCAGCCGCGUGGAGCAAGAGCAGGAAGCCAAGAUACCUGCCCCCGAACCCGGGGCAGCCCCGUCCAACGAGGACGACAGUGACGAGGACGUCCUGGCUCCAUCGGGGGCCACUGGAGGUGGUGCCGGCGAGGAAGGGGAGGGGCAGACGGCCGGAAGCACAUAGCGCCGGGAGCCGGCUGCCCGCGAGCCUGCUGCUUUGUCCGUCUGUCUGCCCGCCCGCCUGCCCCACCCCGCCGGCAGUGUGGAGGCGCGGGGCUCGGGAACCACACUCCCCGCUGGGUUGGCCACAGUUCGGAUCCGCAUGUCCCGUUCAGAAGCAGACUCGGGAACUGCCUGAAUGUGGUUUGGGACACGAGACCUCAUCAUAUUGAUGAGCAAAACGAAAAAGAACAUUUCUUCCCUCCCCCUCCUUUGAAUUGAAAUGGCACAUUAAGACUUGUCACGGCUUCUCACUGGGACUGGGACGCCUUGUUUCUUCCCCCCUCCCUCCUCGUGUCCCCGGCCUCUCUGCCGCCACCGCCCGCCCAGGCCACCGGGUCUGUCCACACGAGUAUAAACACUGGGCCUGCUGGACGCUCUGUUAACUACCGUAUCCAGUUUCCCACACUCUGAUCCGGGGCUUGUAUUUUUAGAUCUUUUUCCCCCAAGGCUUUGUGUUUGGUUUCUGAGGUUAAGACUCUCCUGUGCAUUGAGCGGGUGCAGCUCCGUCCUGGGCCGCAUCCUCCUCCCGCCUGGGCUCCUGGCCUCUGUGCUGAGGUGGGGUCAGGCCCCGACUUGUUCCCCACCCAGGCUUGCUCCAGGGCCGGUCAUGGGGUAUUGAGGGGCUGGGCCUCAGACUGCAGAGAGCUUAUCUAAAAACAGGGUCCCUGGACCUGGGAGGGUCCCUACCCACCCCCCUGCCUUUCCCCGUCAUGUCGGUCACCCACCAUCUGGCGCCCAGGCACAGACCUUCUUGCUGCUGGCCAUUCCUUGCCCAGCCCUGGAUGACGUCACUGCCCCCGAAACCAUCCAGGACCAGGGGCAGAGGAGGGAACUUAGCAGGGCCUUUGGGGAGGGGGGCAGGGGGCUGGUUCCAGGCGACCAGCCAUCUCCCAUACUCGCGGCACACACAGGAGCGUGGCCAAGAGCUGGCCGGCCCUCACCCACAUGGGGUGGCUUGUGAAGAAGGGCCCCGUGCACAGGGCUCCGAGGAUGUUCCGAGGACAGUGCCCAGCCCCACCGUCGGGGGAGCGGAAGGCUUUGUCUCCACAGCUGCGCCGCCCACACCUCGGCUUGGUUGUGUGCAGCCUGGGCCCCGGGAAGACACCAAAGGCCCUCCCAACAGACCAGUCACACUUCUCUGCUUUAAGCCUUAGUCAACUAGUGACAAGUAAAACCAGAUAAUGCCCAUGUGUUUUGGAACAUUUAUGUAAGAUUGUCAUAUGAAAUGUAUUUGGGAACUACAUUAAAACUUUUAACUAAAA